CGCCGUGGUGGUUCGUGUGAGACGCAGACUAGUUGUGGUUAAAACAGUCUUCAUUACAUAGUAUUUUCUAAACUUCAGCCACAAUGGAUGUGGCAUAUAUAUGUGAAUGGGACCGGAGACCUCGGGCCACUCAUUGUCCAUCCAUCCCACUGGUGUGUGCCUGGUCUUGCAGAAACCUAAUUGCAUUUACCUCUGAUCAGCGCAAUGAGGAGGACAAAGAUCUCACAUACAUGAUUCACAUCCUGGAUACAGAACAUCCUUGGGACAUUUACUCUAUCAACUCAGGCCAUCAGGAGGUGAUCACCAGCUUAGAGUGGGACCAAUCUGGAUCCCGUUUGCUUUCUGCUGAUGCAGAUGGACAUAUUAAGUGUUGGGGCAUGACUGAUCAUUUGGCUAACAGCUGGCAGAGCCUGGUUGGUAGUGAAGUUGAUGGGGACCCCAUUGUGGCUUUGUCAUGGUUGCAUAAUGGAGUUAAGCUUGCCCUACAUGUUGAGAAGUCAGGUGUCUCCAGUUUUGGGGAGAAGUUCUCACGUGUAAAGUUUUCCCCAUCACUUACACUAUUUGGAGGGAAACCUAUGGAAGGCUGGAUUGCAGUGACUGUUAGUGGCCUUGUCACAGUAUCUCUGCUAAAGCCCAAUGGACAGGUGCUUACAGCCACAGAAAGCCUGUGUCGACUUCGUUGUCGUGUGGCGCUGGCUGAUAUUGCUUUCACUGGUGGUGGAAACAUUGUUGUGGCCACUUGUGAUGGGAGCAGCACAUCCCCAGUGCAGUUCUAUAAAGUGUGUGUUUCUGUCGUGAGCGAAAAGUGCAAAAUUGACACAGAGAUCCUGCCUUCGCUCUUCAUGCGUUGUACUACAGAUCCUGCACGCAAGGACAAGUUCCCAGCUGUAACUCAUCUGAAAUUCCUUGCCCGAGAUAUGUCUGAACAGGUUCUCCUUUGUGCCUCUAAUCAGUGUUCCAGUGUAGCAGAGUGUUGGUCCUUGCGCAAAGAGGGUUUGCCCCUUAAUAACAUCUUUCAGCAGUUGUCCCCAGGAGUAAGUGAUAAGCAGCCAAUGAUCCUGAAAUGGCGUAUUUUGUCAGCUACCAAUGAGCUGGAACGUGUGUCUGCUGUGGCACUUCCAAAGUUGCCUAUCUCCCUCACCAACACUGACAUUAAGGUGGCUAAUGAGACCAAGUUCUACCCUGGGUUAGGCUUGGCGCUGGCUUUCCAUGAUGGCAACGUGCAUAUUGUACACAGACUGUCUCUGCAGACAAUGGCAGUCUUAUUUGGCUCCUCCAUGCGGCCAUCUGAGGAGCCUAGCCUGAAACGCCAGCGUUCACCCACCCCUUGUGUUCACUUUAAAGCUUUGCAAAUGUCUUGGACUUCAUUGGCUUUGGUUGGACUGGACACCCAAGGAAAGUUAAGCAUGCUUCGAGUCUCCCCCUCAAUGGGACACCCUCUGGAUAUGACCACCUCUCUGCGUCACUUGCUUUUCCUCUUGGAAUACUGUAUGGUCACUGGAUACGACUGGUGGGACAUCCUGCUCCACGUUCAGCCAAGUAUGGUGCACAAUCUUGUAGAAAAGUUGCAUGAGGAGUACACCCGGCAGAAUGCAGCCCUUCAACAGGUCCUCUCCACUAGAAUCCUUGCAAUGAAAGCAUCCCUCUGCAAGCUUUCCCCAAGUACUGUUACUAGAGUGUGUGACUACCAUGCCAAGCUCUUCCUCAUAUCCAUCAGUUGCACCUUAAAAUCCUUGCUCCGUCCCCACUUUCUAAACACACCUGACAAAAGUCCUGGGGAUCGGCUCACUGAGAUCUGCAACAAAUUCACAGAUGUUGAUAUUGACAAAGUGAUGAUUAAUUUGAAGACUGAAGAGUUUGUGCUGGAUAUGCCGACACUUCAGUCCCUGCAGCAGUUAAUUCAGUGGAUUGGCGACUUUGUACUGUAUCUGCUUGCCAGCCUUCCAAACCAGGGCUCCUCAGUUCGACCUGGACAAAGUUUCCUCCGUGAUGGUAGCUCCCUGGGUACUUUACGGGAAAUGAUGGUGAUGAUCCGAAUUUGGGGUCUUCUGAAACCCAGUUGUCUCCCUGUGUACACGGCUACAUCAGAUACACAGGACAGCAUGUCCCUGCUCUUUCGCCUACUCACCCGUCUUUGGUUGUGCUGCCGUGAUGAGUCUCACCCAUGUGAGCCAGAUGAGGCAUUGAUUGAUGAGUGCUGCCUGCUUCCUAGCCAGCUUCUCAUACCCACCAUGGACUGGCUUCCUCUUGGGAAUGGACUGAUCAGCAGGUUACAAAGCAAGCUUCCACUGCGUCUGCAGUUUGGGAAACCUCCUGGAGCACCCAGCCAUGCCUCGGUUCAAUACGAUGCCUACACACGAUCACCUACUCAGCCAAAAAUUGACCACCUGAGACGCCUUCACUUGGGGACAUUCCCUACAGAACCAUGCAAGUCCUGUACUCGUUGUGGGUGUGUUACUAUGCUUAAAUCCCCAAACAAGGCCACAGCUGUGAAACAGUGGGAGCAACGGUGGAUUAAGACUUGUCUUUGUGGUGGAUUAUGGAGAAAGAUGCCCCAUACCUACUCAUGACUGCCAAACAACUUAGAUCAUUAUUUACUUAAUGAGUAAGAAAGUCUGGAGGGUAGAGGGAAUCGUCCCUAGUGACUCCCGCGCCUACAUGUGGAGGCAAACGGAAGA